AGCCCUGGCCCUGCGGAUCUCACAGGGCGCAUUCCCGGAAGAUGAGGUGUAGAUGUCUCUGGAUUGUGAAGCAGCAGGUUUCAAUGGCUCAAGCCGCACUGCAAGUUGUUGGGUUGUCGUUGCCCCCUGUGUCGAGACCCCAGCCUCUGCCAUGGAGAUUUGAUAUGUAUUCGAUGGACCCCAACAUCACGUUCUUAUCGUGGCUCCUACCCCAUCUGUCUAUGUAUAGGUAUCCCCAAGGUAUCAAUGGCAUCACCACCUCCCACUCACCCAUGGUUCAUAUGAUCGUCCAUAUGACAGCCAUCGCUGCCGAGUUGCCCAGGUCAGGGUCCCGGGCCGCAUUACGAUUGAAUUGGAGCGUGCCUACGUCCGUACACUCAGUAGAACGGUGCAUAUGUAUCCGUGUCAAAUAUCACAUCCUUAUGCUGGUGUAUUUUCCGCCCCGAAACUUCCAGGUUGCCAAUUUUGUUUGCUAGUGGUCUGGCCGUCUGGGAGGUCUUCAUCC